AUGUUGACCCGCGCUGCCGCGCACGAAAGGCACGGAGGAGACCGGGAGCGUCGGAGGAGGAGGAAGGCGUCGGUAGAGGUGGAGGAGGAAGAUCCACGCCAGCGGAGAAGACGAGAAAGAGCGCCGGCCUCCUCGUCGGCGCGCGGGCCGCGCUCAUCUCGCCAGCCACCUCGUCGGCACGUGGGCAGUGCCCGUCCCGCCGGCCUCCUCGUCGGUGCGCGGUACGCGUCCAUCCGGCCGGCCUCUUCGUCGGCGCCCGAGCCGCCCGUCCCCGCAUCUGGACGCUCGGGGAGCGCCCCUCCGCACCGGCGCGACGGCCUCUCCGAGCACGGCGGCAUCUCCGGCUCGGGAGAAGAAGAGUUGGAGCCUGGAGGGGCGCCGGUGGUGGAGAUGGGAACGGGGCUGGCGGAGGAGAAAGACGAGGAGAGUGCCAGACUUCCAACGGCGGAGGAGAAAGAUGAGGGUGCCAGACUCCCAACGCGCUGUAAAGUGAGAGGGAGGUGCCAGGUAGCCUGCGGGACCUAG